GUGCAGCAUUCUUAAUCGGUCAGGUUAUUCAAGGAUCCAAAACACAUUUGUUGUUCAUCCAUUUGCUGUUUGGAAUUCUGAUUCAUUUCAGAGGAUAUCUGGCUUGAAAGAAGAAAGAAGAACCUUGAAAGAAGGGAGAAGAAUCUGAAAACCUGAUCAUUUUAGAAGACCCACUUCAUAUCCUUGCAAUUUAAAAUCGAGCAACAUGGGAAAAGCAGCAGCAGAAGAAGAACCGAGGGGAACUCUACUAUCACCACGAACAUUAACAUUGACAGUUGUAAUAGUUGUAGCAAUAGUAGUAAUUUAUGCAUUUAUAUUAACGUUAGCUGAAGUAGUAGUAGGAGCAGCAGCAGGAGCAGCAGCUGGAGUAUGCAUUUCACAGUUACUGUGGGAAGAAGAAGAAAGAAAAGAACCAGUAACAAUAGUAGUAACAGCAGUAGCAGGAGGUGUAGCAGGAGCAGGAGCAGCAAAUUUGCGAUUAAUGGUAGGAGCACACUCGCUAACAGGAUCAGCAAUAGUUGGAGCUAUAGCAGGAGCUGCAAUAGUAGCAAUAGCAAAAAAACUGUUACAAUAUGUUAUACCUAAAAUACAGUGGAUAAUAGAACACUUUAAGACAUUGAAAAUAAUGACUCUAGCGGGGGCAAUUGGGGCAACAGUAUUAUGGGCAAGCAAUAAAAUAAAGUGGGUAGGAGAUCAAAUAAAGAAGGCAGUAGCCAAAGUAAAGAAAGCAGUACAACCGAGUAAAGAAGCUGCCAAAGUAAAACAACCACAACCGACUAAACAAGAUGCAGACAGAUUAGCACCAACGGGAGGAUCGGGAUCAACAGCAAUACCAGGAGCAGGAUUAACAGCAAUACCAGGAGCAGGAUUAGCAGCAGGAGCAGGAGCAGUAUUAGCAGCAGGAUUAGCAGCAGCAGCAGCAGGAGCAGGAUUAGCAGCAGCAGGAGCAGGAUUAGCAGCAGCAGCACCAGGAUCAGCAGAAAGACAAGAUAAGGGCAGAUUAGCAUCAAUGGGAGGAUCGGGAUCAACAGCAAUACCAGGAACAGGAGCAGGAUUAGCAGCGGCAGCACCAGGAUCAGCAGAAAGACAAGAUAAGGACAGAUUAGCAUCAAUGGGAGGAUCGGGAUUAACAGCAAUACCAGCAGCAGGAUUAGGAUUAGCAGCAGCAGCAGCGGCAGGAUUAGGAUUAGCAGCAGCAGCAGGAUUAGGAUUAGCAGCAGCAGCAGCAGGAUUAGGAUUAGCAGCAGCAGCACCAGGAUUAGCAGACAGAUUAGGACAAGCUGCAGACAGAUUAGCAUCAAUGGGAGGAUCGGGAUUAAAAGCAAUACCAGCAGCAUCAUUAGGAUUAGCAGCAGCAGCAGCAGGAUUAGCAGCAAUAGGGACAUCAGUAUCGGGAUUAUUUGGAGGGUUACUGGGACUUGUGUUAGUACUUGCAGUAGGAAUAACAAUUUUUGGAUUGCACUCGAGAGAACAAUCACAAGGACAAUUACAAGCAACAGAUGUGGGGUUACAAGUUGCUUUUUUUGUUUUUUUGCUUUUUGUUUUAAUUUGUUUUCUUGUUUCCUCAAUGGGUUUGUUGCGAUUUUGCUGUUUGUUGUUGUUUCUCUCUCUUUUCCUAUGGUUUCUGCUGCACAACCACUCUGAAAGGAACUGAUCAUGUUCACCAAGAAGGCCAGCAUAAAAGCCAGCUGAUGCCUCAGGAAAAAAAAAAAAAAAAAAAAAAAAUGUAUACAUGUUAUCUCCGUAUUUACGAUUCUUUAAAGCCUUUAGCUACUGCCUACAAACUCUAGAUGCUUCUCUGAAAACCGAAAUUAACUCACUCCUGCUAAACAUUUACUCUUUAAAAUUAUUGUUCCUGGAAAGUUGACACCAGUGUGACUAAAAGUUUACUAAGAAGUAUUUCCUUCUCCUUCUUCUCCUUCCUCUUCUUUUUUUAAGAUUUAUUGGAGUUUGUCAAACAGUGAACUGGAUCAUUACUGCUACCUACUGGUAUGGAGUGUGGACCAAAAUGUCUGUUAUCUACAAUAUGUAGAAAAAACUAUAUCUAUAGACCUAUUUUGUGUUAGCAAACAGCGAUAACAUUUUUGUGUGUGUGUGUGUGUGGGCGGAGCGUACCUAGUGACAGAAAAUUAUAGUUCUGCAGUUGCAGUCUGUGAAAGCCACAGAAUAAAAGAAUAAAAUAACUUAUGUUAUAGACUAUGCUUAAAAUUAAAAAUGUUAUUUCAUGCUGUAAAUUCUAUGUAUGUAUGUCCCCUAUGUACUGCAUACGGGAAUAUUUUGUAGACUUACUGUUUACAUCAAAUUCUUGCUUUAAUAGUAGACUAAUCAAUGCAGGUUUCCUCAGUCCAGUCUGUGACUUGCAACAUAUAAACAUAUCCGUUUAGCUUCAAAGGGCGUCUUCAACGAUGGUAUUCUAUAAAAAUGAAGACUAUAUUUAGACACAAAACAUUUUUCUCUUAUUCUAUCUUCCUCAAACCUAAUUUCUCCCACUUUUCUUUGGAUCCUGUGAAACCAUUGCCCUUUUCUUGCAUCUUCCCUUUCCCACCUUUUUUUCAAUCUCUUUUUAGUAAUGUUCUUGACUUCUGCCCUGCUGAUGCUGUCAAAUCACUGAUCACUUAGUGACUUCCUUUGCUACCUUAUCUGCCAUUUUAUUUCCCUGAUCCCCAGUAUGUACUGGUAACCACGAAAAUACUACUGUAAGCCACAUCAUUUGUAUUCUGUAUGUUUCUUGCAUCUCUAUCAAAAUGUUUGGUGUGUUUCUGAAUGACACUGUAAACUGAUUAAUGAAGAGCUUGAGCCUAAACAAUGAUUGCUUUUAGUGGUCUUAGAUCCUAUAAUAGCAAUAUUGCAAGCAUUUCUCCUGUGUAAACUGUUAAUCUCUUAGUGAUCCUUUUGAAAUAUGAAAUUCUGCAACAAUAAAUGCUGAAUCACCUGAAUUCUUUGAUGCAUCUCGAGUUACCAGUUCAGGUAACCAGAUCCCUUCAAUUUAGUGUGCUUCCUCUAUUUUAAAACCCACCAGUUGCCCCUGCAUCUCUGUACCAAUAAAAUGUGCAACACUUUACAUUUUACUACCAAAUUAUGUGUAACAGCUAAUGAAUUUAAAUUACACUGGAAGGUUUUCUCCGAUCUCGCAAUUUCAGGGCUCAA